CCUAGAUAGAUCUGCCGAGCAACAAUAAAGCUGCUGGCCGCCGGACGUGGAAGAAAGUGGCUUCCAUGGCGUCAGUGGCUAUAUCCCCCAACUACAACACGAAGAAAUCAUUCUCCUAUUUCACUUCUUCUUCUUCUUCUUUUCCCUUCCUUUGCACAAUCACUUGCCAGAAGAAGCAGCAGUCCGAAGAUGGCGACAUUUCCCUCCCCCAAAUGGGUCGCAGGGAGGUCUUAUUGAGGAGCAGUGAAAUGGCACUUCUCGGAGCCAUUUUCAGUUUCAGUGGGACUAAGCCAAACUACUUGGGAGUGCAGAAGAGCUUUCCUCAUGGCGGCGCUUUAGCUCUUUGUCCCGCCACCAACAACUGCAUUUCCACUUCCGAAAACAUUAGUGAUCUCACUCACUAUACCCCUCCCUGGAACUACAACCCAGAGGAGAAGCGUGGUAAAGUGAGCAGAGAAAUAGCGAUGGAGGAGCUUGUUGAAGUGGUAUGUGACCAAUUAUAUAACUUCCAACAACACAAGAUAAAAUCAACGAAACCUGACCAUUUCACGCCAAAGAUCGUGGAGAAGAAGGAUGACUACGUGCGUGUAGAAUACGGGAGUCCUAUUUUCGGGUUUGUGGAUGAUGUUGAGUUCUGGUUCCCCGCUGGAAAGAAAGCCAUAGUACAAUACAGGUCCGCGUCGCGUGUUGGAUGUUACGACUUGUUUGGCGUGAAUCGGAAGAGGAUAAAGGCACUAAGACUGGCAUUGGAGAAGAAGGGAUGGUCAUCAGACGAUUCUGUUUGAACUUUAAAAAAAAAUCUUCAGAAUCAUGAAAAAAGAAGCAUCAUGAGAAAUAAGAAUGUGUACAUCUUAUUGGAUUUGUACUAUGUAUAGUGUAUUAGAAAAGAAAAAAAAGCUUGGAAACAAUGAAAUGUCUUGUGAAACACUAUUAUGAGUAAAUAAAGAAAACAUAUGGAUGCUAAGGAAUAAAGAAGACAUGGGGUC